AUGGCUUCCAAGCUCAAGCAAUGUGGAAUGCUGGUUAUUGCAAUGGUUAUGGUGGGAGUAAUAGUUAGUUGUGAGGGCAGAAGUCUGAAGACGAUAGCAUAUCAAAAGGAUAAUUUUGGAGGUGGUGGAGGGUUUGGCGGUGGUGGCGGAGUCGGAGGAGGCUUCGGUGGCGGAGCUGGAGGAGGAUUCGGUGGUGGUGCUGGAGGAGGCCUGGGUGGAGGUGCUGGAGGAGGAGCUGGAGGAGGAGCUGGAGGAGGCUUUGGUGGGGGAGCUGGUGGCGGAGCUGGGGGAGGCUUUGGAGGAGGUGCUGGAGGAGGCGCUGGCGGUGGCUUUGGGGGAGGCGCAGGAGGAGGAGCUGGUGGAGGGGGCGGCUUCGGUGGUGGAGCUGGUGGAGGUGGAGGAUUUUAA